GUGGCGUGUCUCACUUACUUAGUUCCGUGUCGAUUUGAAAAUAUUUUCGAUUAAAUUAGAUAGAAGAAUGAAUCAGCGACGAGAUAAAUAAAUCAAUCAAUUUAAAGUGUGAAAAUAAAAUUAAUUAGAGUAUUUAGUCUCAUAGCGAAUAAAAUUCAAUUCAACAGGUGAAAUAAAAAUAAAAUUAAAAUCAUAGAAGAGGCAAAAAAAACCAAAGUUGUUAAAACAAUAGAAAAGUUGUGUAAUCCCUCUGUUGUUUUAUUUAAAAUUAAGCGGAAUAAAAAAGAGUUAUGGAGUAACAGUUAUUGUCGCAACACAGAAUUUAAUUACAAUCAUCAAGAAUUUAAUAACAGACAAUUUCCAUCGAAAAAUGACAUUUGCUUGACCGACAACUGUUGGAUUCGCGAUUUUUUAGCACAAAAAUGGGUUGUUGCGGCGGCGAGACGACAAGUCCCUUGCCAGCGAGACGCGUGGGAGAUGUUGCGAGACACGCACGUGAGAGAUACGCUUACGGACCGCCCGAGAGUAAGAGUCAACGUGAACCAUUGCGAUACGAUCCCACCUUCAAAGGACCAUUAGCGAAACGGUCGUGCACCGACAUCAUUUGCUUAUUGAUUUUUAUCAUUUUUCUCUGUGGUUGGGGAUUUGUGGCGUACUUUGCAUAUCAACAUGGAGAUUUAAAUCGCUUACUCGUGCCAUCAGAUUCCAGCGGAUUGCGCUGCGGUGUCGAUAGUGAAGUGCUGCAUAAGCCAUAUCUCCUGUUUUUUGACCUGAGCAAGUGUGCUGAUCCCAAAGUCCCGCUCACGGGAUGUCCAACGCCUCAAGUCUGCGUCGAAAAAUGUCCGUCAGAAAAAUUCGAAUGGCGCUUCGAUGAAUGUAAUUCCGGUAAUUUUGCAUUACACAAAAGCAAGUUAAUAUGUGAUAUUAAAAUUAAUAUGGACGAUGUGAGAACCUGUUCCGAUAUUGAGAUGCUCAUGUCAGCGCAACGAUGUGCCAAAUGGUACUUGAACUCCCAACCAUUCCUCAAGCGCUGCAUUUCCGACUUACUGCCAACUGAAUGUCCCCUCAUCAAAAGUCGCAAAUACAAAACUAGCUCAUUUGCGGAUAUUAUUCGUUUACCGAGCUUUGGAAGUGCUGUGAGGUUCCCGGAUGACGAUGCCACGGCAAUUGCUCGUAUUGCCUCCAGUGAGCCCAAAGUAAGGAAAAAAUGUGAUGUCAAUCGGGCGUUGGGAAAGCAAAUUAUCGUCGAUAAAAUGCACAAAACGGACACCUUCAUUGGCAGGGCAUUCACAAAUAUGUUUGUCUGGGGCAACUUUAGUGAUAGUGUGCAGCUCGGUCAAAUGGUAGUUGAAGACAUCAUCGAUACAUGGCCCCUUGUACUUGGCGCUCUUGUUGGAAGCAUGAUUGUCUGUCUCAUCUUCAUCGCUAUCAUGCGUUGGCUCGCAGCUCCCGUCAUCUGGUUCUCGAUUUUCGGUGUCAUGGCAUUACUUGGAACUGGUGUUUACUUUUCGUACUUGAAGUACGACUAUUUAAAAGACAAUGCUCCUGAACGUGCACCACCAACGACAAAUAUUUCGGCUUUACUUGAAUCGUAUUUGUUAAUGAAGGAAACUUGGUUAUACAUGUUGAUUGCAUUGGCUGUCCUUUUGAUCGUAAUUGUCCUCGCCAUCAUUAUUUUACGGAAGAGAAUUGUCAUUGCAGUCGCUUUGGUCAAAGAAGGAAGCAAAGCUGUUAGUUCCAUAACUUCAACGGUAUUUUUCCCGAUUUUCCCGUGGUUAUUCCAAGUUGCGGUAAUUGGAUUUGCAGUUUUGUGUGGAUUAUAUUUGGCUUCCAUAGGCACUGAAGUGUACAAAGUCAGCGGAAUGAAUACGACAAAAACCUGCAUUUGCACCGGAAAGACUUAUGUCGACGGAGAAAUCUGCAAUCCCAUCGAAUUCAAUCAAUUUUGCAAAAAUACCGCAUUUUCCAACAACAAAGCACGUUCGGAUCUUUGCAUUGACGCCGCUUGUCACUUUAUCCAGAUACAAAAUCCAACGAUUGUCAACUAUUUUCACGGAAUCAACAUUUUUGGAUUCUUUUGGACAGUUUUCUUCAUCUCCGCCUUUGGUGAAAUGGUUUUGGCAGCAACUUUCGCGACAUGGUAUUGGACCUUCAAGAAAUCAGAAGUUCCCUUUUUUGCUCUUACCUCGGGAUUAUCACGCACAAUCUGUUAUCAUCUCGGCACACUGGCUUUUGGCUCCUUCAUUAUCGCAGUUUGUCGCAUUAUUCGUGUCAUGCUUGAAUGGGUGCAUCAAAAAUGUAAAAAGUACGAUAAUGAAGUGACGCGAGCUAUUUUGUGCAUUUUUCGAUGUCUUUUCUGGUUGCUCGAGAAAUUUCUGCGGUUUUUGAAUCGCAAUGCGUACAUCAUGUGUGCGAUUCACGGAAAGAAUUUCUGUGCGAGUGCUGGCGAUGCUUUCAAUCUUUUGAUGCGAAAUUGCUUGAGAGUUGUCGCUUUGGAUCAAGUAACGAGCUUUUUGUUCUUUUUGUCGAAAUUGUUGAUCUCGUUGGGCAUGGGAACGCUCAUGUACUUCUACUUGUCGUUGGAAUAUUCGCAGCUGGAUCUUCAUUAUAACUUGGUACCAUCGAUAAUUGUCGUGAUCGGCACAUAUUUGAUCGCCUGCGUUUUCUUCAGUGUCUAUUCGAUGGCAGUUGAGACACUUUUCUUGUGUUUCUUGGAAGACUCUGAACGCAACGACGGCACCCCCGAAAAGCCAUAUUUCAUGUCAAAGCAACUCAAAAAGAUUCUCGGAAAGCACAAUAAAUUAAACGACUCCGAAAAUCAACGAUUUUAAACAAACAAAAAAAAAACCAUUUGGAUCAAAAAAUGUGUCAACCUUAGAUUUAGAAAUAUUUAACUCUUUAAAAAUUUUUGAAAUCCAUGAAAAAACCCCAAUUUUUGAACAUUUAUGUGAGACAUAAAUGUAUAAGUACGAUGUCUAUAUUUAAUAAUCAACUUGAAACUCAGAAAGGCCAAAAUAGCAAUAAUAAUUUAGAAGUGUUUGAAUUGAAAGCACAAAGUACUGAAAAAAAAUGUUAAGUUAGUAUUUAUAGAAGAAAUAUAAAGAAAAGGGAAGGAAGUUGAACUACCUUUGAAAAAAAAAAGAAUCAAAAAAAAUUUUGAUGAAAAAAUUUUGUGUAAGAUUUAUACUUAUUUGAAUGUAAUAAACUUGAA